AUGGCUCUGGCGCUCUCGACGUGCCAGACGUUGGACCUGGAGGUGGCGCGGGCUCGAAGGGUCCAGGCGUUGCGCGGACAGAUCCUCAGCAAGCUGCAGCUGGUGACGCCGCCCGAGCAGGACGAAGGGGUCCCCGCGCAGCCGCCGGCGGAGGUGAUGCUGCUAUACAACAGCACGCAGGAGCUGUCCCGGGGACAGGCCGCCUGUGGUGGACGCAGCCCUGGGAGAAGUGAGGAAGAGGAGUACUACGGCAAGGAAGUGCGCCGUGUGGAUCUGUCACCCCCUGGCCAGGCUGACAGCUUUCGUGACAUGGCUCUGGCGCUCUCGACGUGCCAGACGUUGGACCUGGAGGUGGCGCGGGCUCGAAGGGUCCAGGCGUUGCGCGGACAGAUCCUCAGCAAGCUGCAGCUGGUGACGCCGCCCGAGCAGGACGAAGGGGUCCCCACGCAGCCACCGGCGGAGGUGAUGCUGCUAUACAACAGCACACAGGAGCUGUCCCAGGGACGGGCCGCCUGUGGUGGACGCAGCCCUGGGAGAAGUGAGGAAGAGGAGUACUACGCCAAGGAAGUGUGCCGUGUGGAUCUGUCACCCCCUGGCCAGGCUGACAAUUCGAUCCUCACCCCCCACGCCAGCCCUUUCUUCCGCCUUCUGCGUUUUGAUGUCUCCAGUGCUGAGCCAAAUCUUAGCAGCCUCAUCCGCGCUGAGCUGAGGAUCUACAGAGUUCCUAACCCCCGGGCACGAGCCUCAGAGCAGCGUGUGGAGUUGUAUCAGGUGGUUCGGGCAAGGGAUCCUUCUGCGCCAACUCAGCGCUACCUGGAGAGCCAGAUGCUACGCCCAACGGGCCGGGCUGAGUGGGUCUCCUUUGAUGUCACCGGCACCAUCAGCCAGUGGCUGGAGAAAAGAGAAAGAAACGUCGAUCUCAAGUUAGGGGUGCAUUGUCCGUGCUGCGCUUACGUGCCUCCGGGGAACACGAUUAACCCCAACCACAGCGAGGAGUUGGAAGCGCGAUUUGCAGGCCUGGAUGAUGAUCUCAUCAAGGAGGCAUGGAAGGGGCGGGCUCAGCCCCCAGACCUGAGUGGCAAAACCCCCCACCUGAUCCUCACUCUCCUGCCCCCACAUCGGCUGGAGCCUCCUCCAAAGGGCCGGCGACGUAGGUCAGCCAACAACCCCACCUGUUCCAGGAGCACGGAUCAGGGCUGCUGCCUCCACCCGUUGUACGUCGACUUCCGCAGAGAUCUAAAAUGGAAGUGGAUCCACCAGCCGAAAGGAUACAAAGCCAAUUUCUGUGCUGGGAACUGCCGCUACGUAUGGAGCACAGACACGCAAUACCACAUGGUACUGCCUUUGUACAAUAAGCUGAACCCCGAGGCUUCGGCGGCCCCGUGCUGCGUCCCUCACGAGCUAGAGCCAUUGACCAUCCUCUACUACGUCGGACGGUUGCCCAAAGUCCAGCAACUCAGCAACAUGGUCGUGAAGUCCUGCCGUUGUCGUUGAGAAGGCUGAGGGGAAGACCUCACGGCAUCACCGCCCUGAGUUCCAGGCCAACCAGGGAAAGACCCUUACUCCGCCCACUAGAACAAGGCUCCACCCUCUUAUUCUGGCCCAGCCUUCCGAAAAGAGGCUCCUCCUACUCGUUUUUAGCUCCACCCACAUCCGAAAGACUCCUCCCUCUGGCCAGUUCUCGAAUGAGCAUCGUGCUGUCACCCGGAGAAUACAAAAGCCACAGGCGGAGACUUUUCUAGGGAUGAGAUUUUCAGAGAGAGGGGCUUUUGACUACAAAUCCACUGUUCCAGUGCUAGCUGGGCGCUUCCCUCCUGAACAGGAAGCUAAGCUUAGCUCAGCAUCAAAGCAUCCCUCCGUUUCUGGCCUUUCGCUCAGGGGCGCCCCAUUUCGGUGUCUCUAAGGGGCCGCUCCGUUAGAUACAACUC